AUGAAUCUUAUACCUGUUGCUCCACACUCAGAGGACUUUGGUCUUAUUGAGUAUGAGUUACAACUUCAGCUUAAUGCUCCAAAGCUCAAGGUUUCAGAGUGCUAUGUCAUUUCAAAUCCGCAUGUUGAAGCAUCAUAUAUGAAUUAUUUCAAGACAUUAACACCAUCCAAUGUCGUUGAUGUAUUUGUUCCAGCCAAAAACAUCGAUCAGGCGAUUGCUGAUAUCGAAGAGAACGGAAUUGCCGUCAAUCCACAAACUGGUUUCCGUUUCAGGGUCGGUUCCUUCGAGGUUGACAAAUCCAAGCCAAUGAUUGAAGUCGUCAGACUUACAAUCGCCCUUGGCAACACAUUAAAUCACUUACAGCCAUCAACACAACUCAAUAGCAAUACAUUUUCAUCUGAUGCACCAACAAGUGGUCUCCUUCGUGCAGGUUAUCACUCUCUUUGCAUAUCUGAAAAUCAUGACUACAUUGUUUUCAAUUCUGCUCAAAUCAAGACAUGCAACUACAUCAAAUUCAAGGGCGGUUCGAACCUUGACCAACCACGCGAGGAGGAUGAUCUUUGCGAGCAGUGCGGUAGAGAAUUAGCUACAAUCUGGUGCAAGAACGAUAACGCAAAGUUCUGUGCCAAAUGUGAUGCCGAAGCUCAUGAAACAGCCAUUCGCCAACGCCACGUACGUAUGACUCUUGCAGAAGCACGUGCUCUUAUGGAGUGCUGCCCUCACCAUGAGGACACAAGAGUUGAAUAUUUCUGCACUGUUUGCCAAACACCAGUUUGCUUCCAAUGCAAGAUGAUUGGCAGCCACUCAAAGGGUGCUGCUGCUUCCCACCAACUUAUUCCAAUCAAACAAGCUUACGAAGAGGCUUUAGAAGCCGCAUCUCACAAAGAUCCAAUCUUUGUUAAGAGAAAACAGGAGAUUGACGAGAAGAUGCAAGAUGCCGAUGAAAGACUCGCUCAAAUCAUCAGAAACGAAAAAGAUGUCGAAGCUGAAAUCAUGAGAUUGGCAAAUGCUGCAAUUGAAAGAGCCAGACAGCUUGCAUGCGAAAAAGCAGUUACAGUCAGAUCUUCCAAGCUCGAAUUGGAAAGAAAAUCUGCAGAAAUGGAAACAUUAUCGAAAUUCCUCGAAAUCGAGAAGAAAUACUCAGGACCACUCAGCUUCCUUGCUGCAUACGACAGACACUCGAUGAUUGUCGCAACAAUGCAAGGAACAGAAGAUUUACCACCAGAUCUUACUGUUGAAGGCGAUCUCUGCGUUUUCGGAAAGCUCGAUGUUUGCCCAUCAGCUGAGAAGCCACGCCAGAGCUUCAUGCGCGAUGGAUUUGGCGUAAGAAGAGAAUCAAAUUCUCCACCAAACCAACCACAGCCACAGAAGUCAUCUCCACCACCUCAGCAGAUCGUAGAGUCUCCUAAACCAGCCCCUCUUUCUCCUCCAAAGCAGCAAGUCCAGCCAGCUCCAGCAUCUCCACAAAAACAAGAGCCAAAGCAGACUCCAAAGGAGCAGCCGAAGCAAGAGAAGGCACCAGCAAAGGCGGAAAAGCCAAAGCCAGCAAAGAAGGAAGAAAAACCGGCAAAAACAACAAGAAAAGACGAUAAAACAAACAAAUCCAAAUUAAAUGACAAAAAUACCAAAGCAGCCGGAAAAACCACCGACAAGAAGAAAGGCACAACACAGCGCACAACACCUCCACCACCUCCAAAACAAGAAGAAGAUGAUGGAGACGUCGAUUCCGCUUCAAUGACCGAGGAAUCCCAAUCACAAGCACGUCCAUCGGUUGUUGCAAGAAACAUGCCUCCUCCACCAGCCCAGAAACCACUUCCUCCUUCACCGCAGAAGGCCGCUCCUCCUGAGGAACCUCCGCAGAAGAGGAUCAACCCAAUCCUCUACAAGCAGAUCCCAGAGCCACCAUCAAUUGUUGAGAUGGCCAGGAGAAAGGAAGCAAAGAAUAAGUCAAGAGGCAUUGAGUUGUCAUUCCAGCCAUUCGAAGGCAGUGAAGUUAUCUCGAACGCAAGCAGUGCAACAGCUCUCUACUUGUGCUUCCCAUUCAAGAACAUGCCGCAGACACAUCUCCUCUUCUCAUCGAUAAGAGAUGGAAGAAGCAUCGAGAGAAUGCAUCAACUCAUCGAUAACAUCGGAAUCACUUGCGUUUUGGUAAAGAAAGAUGACCUCAUUUUCGGAGGUUUCGCAGCUGCAAAGUGGAAUUCUGAUGGAGAAGCAUUCGGAAACCAGACUUCUUCCUUCUUGUUCUCCAUUUCUUUGGACGCAUACAUCCCGUACAGACCACACAUCGCUGAUGCUUGCAACUUAUACGCAACAAAGGACACUUUGACAUUCGGAAGAUAUGACUUAGUUUUGGCUGAUGAUUUCGACAACUGCUCAGCUGUGAUUGAGAACUCCUAUGGCGUUGGAUUUGACCCAGGAAGCACUGAAGCACAGACAUUCCUCGCUGGAGAACCAACAUUCAAGGCUGAUGCUGUCGAAGUUUGGGGCUUCUUUACAAUUGAUCAGUAA